ACGGUACCCUUAAAUCUUAAAGGCACUAAAUUGAAAAAAAAAAAAUCUCGUUAGGUACUGUUUUUAUUAUUAGUAAGAGAAGAAUACAUUCAAUUAAUCGAUAGUAGGUUGUUAAUUCUAGACAUGUUGAAGUUUUAAAGGUUAUGAACACAGAUAAAGUGAUAACAGGGAAAUAAAGUAGUAUCAGUGGUAGUACUGAAUCAACAACAAAUUAAUUUCAACAAGCACAAGUAACAAUGAAAGGGAAAACAAUAAUCUUGAACAAAAAAUUCCAAGGAUUCCCCCGAGACGAAAACUUCAAAAUAGUCGAGGAAUCGGUUCCGCAAAUAAAAGACGGCGAAUUUUUAGUACAAGCCGAAUAUUUGAGCGUUGAUCCUUACAUCCGUGUGUUUAUGAAGGCAGUGGGGGCCCCCAUAAUGGGGGAACAAGUGGCAAAAAUAAUUGAGAGUAAAAACCCGAAAUAUCCGGUUGGGGAGUACGUCGUGGGGGAGUUUGGCUGGAGGACACACACCGUAGCCUCAGAAAAACCCGGAGACUUCUUCAGUCUCCCACCUCGAGUCCUCUCUUUCGGCGAUUUGCCCAAAUCGCUGGCUUUGGGGGUCUUGGGAAUGACGGGGGUCACAGCCCUGUACGGACUGCAACUGUGCGAGCCCGCCGAGGGCAAAACGCUAGUCGUUUCAGGGGCUGCGGGGGCUGUAGGGACCCACGUGGGCCAGCUAGCCAAGAUGCAAGGGUGCAAAGUGGUGGGUGUCACCGGUUCAGAUGCAAAAGGCCAACGACUGGUCAAAGAACUCAACUUUGACGCUUUCGUUAACUACAAAUCUGAGAAUUUUGAAAAAGACUUGGCGGCAGCAACCCCACAAAACAUCGAUUGUUACUUUGACAAUGUGGGGGGCGACGUGAGCAGUUCUGUACUGCACCGAAUGAACAAAUUCGGUCAUGUGGUCAUCUGUGGGGCCAUUUCCACUUACAAUGAUGAAAACACCAAAGCACGGGAAGUGCAAACACCAGUGAAGGUUAAUCACCUCGUAAUGGAAGGAUUUAGCGUAACUCGCUGGCGAAACAAAUGGAAUAAAGCCGUUGAAGAUAACCUCAAAUUAAUUCAAGAGGGGCGUUUGAAGUAUUUUGAAACUAUCACAGAGGGGUUUGAAAACACACCGGAAGCAUUUAUGAAGAUGCUACGGGGCGAAAAUUUCGGAAAAGCCAUUGUUAAAGUGUAAAUAAAUGAUUGUGAAAAGAUGUGUCAUUUGAGGUUAGGGUUGACAUGUGAGGGUACUUACAGCCAAGUCCUGAUAACUUUCGAAAUAAUCACUCGAGUCCAUUGCUUCCACCAUUUAUAAGUCAGUUCAUAAGUCUUCGGGCCGUAUUAACGCACAAAUUUGUAUUUUUCUGGAAAAUAAACAAACUGAUUCAACUUGUUCAUUUGUGAACGAGCCACACUUAAAUUUUCUAUAAAAAUUAAUAAAACCGCAAUGACGAAA